UGGAUCCUCGGGACGGGACUCGACACACAGACAAACACAUCAUCAACAGGAGCGUUCACUGUCUGUCUGUCUGUCGCCAGCGUGUGCAUCUGAACGGAUUCUUGCCCUUUUUACCGGGGAUCCGCGGAUAUACGGAGUCAGUACGUCAAAAUGUGUGGCUGAAGAACACAACUCGGGAUUACUGUGGUCUAAAUCCCAUUUUCUGUCCUCCUGUGUCUGUCCAAACUGAGGAUUUGCUCCGGCCAGCGCAGCGAUCAUGUCGGGGAAAAUAGAAAGCAAGCACGAAUCCCAGAAGUCUCACCUCUCCUCUUUCACGAUGAAAUUGAUGAAAUUUCAUUCCCCGAAGAUUAAACGAACUCCAUCUAAGAAAAGCAAACAGCUCCAGCCAGAGCCUACGGUGACUACUCCAGAGAAACCUGUCAACAAGAAGGUGAGUCGAUUGGAGGAACAGGAGAAGGAGGUGGUGAGUGCUCUACGUUACUUUAAGACGAUUGUGGACAAGAUGAGCGUCGAUACGAAAGUUUUGCAGAUGCUUCCUGGUUCGGCUAGUAAAGUAUUGGAGGCCAUAUUGCCUCUGAUGCAAGUGGAGGCUCGGAUACAGCACAGCUCGGCAGUGUCCUCCUGUCAUAACUGCGUCUAUCAGAGUUUGGCAAAUCUCAUUCGCUGGUCUGACCAGGUGAUGCUGGAGGGCAUCGACCUCGACGACAAGGACACUGUAACAACCGUCACCACGGUGAUCAAAGCUGUGUUGGAUGGUGUGAAGGAGCUGGUGAAACUCACUAUAGAGAAACAGGAGCAGCCGUCCCCGACGUCCCCCAAUAAACCAGUGCCUCCUGUGGUCAAUACUGAGAGUGUGUGUGAAAAUCCUCUAACUGAACGAGAGAAGGCGAUCCUGAGUAAGACCACGCCCAUUGUCACGCCCACUGACAGUUUGACUGACAUGUCAGAGGAAGAGGUUGCUCCGCCCAAACCUCCUCUGCCAGGAGUUAAACUGGCAGAGCACAGGAACAGGAUGCAGUUGUGCUCCGAUCCUGUUGCCGGGCCGCGGAGGGCCACUGCGAUGGAAAUCCCGCCCGCUCUGCCUCCUAAGAAGCGACAGUCGGCCGCCUCCCCCACACGUGUUGCUGUGGUAGCGCCAAUGAGUCGAGUCCCGCCUCCUGGAGCUCUGAGACAGCAGCAGGAGUUUGACGUGGAUCUCCUGCAGAGGCGUUUCUCUGGUGGGAGUCAGUCUUACGGAGGGGAUUCGCCGCGUCUGUCCCCCUGUAACAGUAUGGGAAAACUCAGCAAGUCCGAUGAGCAGCUCUCGUCACUGGAGCGAGACAGUGGCCAGUGCUCUCGCAACACUAGCUGUGAAACACUAGAGGGAUAUGAUCCAGAUUACGACUUCCUGCAUCAGGAUCUAUCCGUAUCCGAGCCUUUACCGUUUCCGACAGGCACUGGCAGCAGUCUGAGCCCUCUCCCAGAAUGCCACGGGGAGUCUCAGUCGUUAAGCCCCGCCCAUGCCCCCGCCCACCCACGUUUCAGCGCUCCCGUCACCAAUCAGGCUUCCCUGGAUUACUGGACCACAUCUGGGCCGACCAAUAGCGUGCUUCCCCCCGCCCUCCCGCAGAAGAAGCGGCGGUCUGCGCCGAUCAUAUCGUCGUACCCUCUUUACGAACGCCUUCCAUCACACUACGACAACUUGUCAGAAGAGGAGCAGCCCACGCCGCCGUUCCCGCUGCUGAUGCCGCAGGUCAACGGAGGAGACGAUCUCUCACAGUGUACAGACGCCGACAGCCCACCGCCGCUGCCAGAGAAGAAGGGCAAACAGAUCCUCCAGUACAUGCAGUUUGUGGAGGAUUACUCUGAACCACAGCCGUCUGUCUUCUACCAGAUGCCUCAGAAUGAGAGUAUUUACGAGCAGAGGAGGAACAAGCGCUUUCAGGAGGUUUACGGCGUCAACGAUUCCUACAGCAGCUCGGACUCGGUCCACGAAGCCGUCCCUCCGCCAGCGCUGCCUCCCAAACAGAGACAGCUGGCCUCCAACACUUCUCCUCCUCCUUCAUCCUCUUCUUCCUCUUUUUCAAUUCUCCCUCCUUCUGCUGGGCUUCAGGAGGAGGCGGAGCCUGCUCUUGGCCUCAGCCUAUCAGUGUCUAACUCCUUCCUCAGUGGCCACGCCUCUUUGACCACACCUGUGAGUUCCGACCUGGUUGGUUUGACCAAUGCCGGCAGAGCUCUAGAUGGUGCGGGUGUCUCUAACGGGUCCUUGACCAGCUCUCUGGUCUCCCUGGCCGUCUGUCCUCCCUCUGAAUCUUCUCUUUCUGACUCACUUCUUACCUCUGCGAGUGAAAGCGUCGAUGAAGGCGGUGAGGGAGAGUAUGUGAACCUGUACUCCUCCACACAGGCUAAUGGAGAAAACACACACCGCACUGACCAACCCUCAUCAUGCGAUGAUGUGCUUCAGGACCACACCCCUCACAUACCCACAUCCAAUAGCAAGGAAGCUUUGUCUAAGGACAGGCCAAAGGAACCCAGUAAUGGUCAGACUGAUGAUGUUGAUGAACUGUCCCUCAUUGAUCAUAAUGAUAUUAUGAACCGCAUCACACUCAAAGCAGAGAAUGAUGAUGGUCCUGAUGUGAGAGCCGGGUCUGGAGACAUACUGUUAGUCCACGCUACAGAAACAGACCGCAAAGAUCUGGUGUUGUACUGCGAGGCUUUUCUCACCACUUACAGAACCUUCAUAACGCCUGAAGACCUUAUUAAAAAACUGCACUACAGAUAUACUCGCUUCUGUCACAGUCCAGACACCUUUAGGAAGCGUGUCAGUAAAAACACGUUCUUUGUGCUGGUGAGAGUCGUGGAUGAACUCUGUCUGGUGGAGCUGACCGAGGACAUCCUGAGGCAGUUGAUGGAUCUGGUCUUCCGGCUGGUCUGUAACGGAGAGCUGAGUCUGGCGAGGGUCCUGCGAAAGAACAUCCUCGAUAAAGUGGAACAGAAAAGGCUCCUGCGACACGUGCACAUGCUCAAACCUCUCGCCGCACGAGGCGUCUCGGCCAGGCCCGGCACUCUGCAUGAUUUCCGCAGUCAUGAGAUCGCCGAUCAGCUGACGUUGCUGGACGCAGAACUGUUUUACAAGAUAGAGAUUCCUGAGGUGCUGCUUUGGGCGAAGGAACAGAAUGAAGAGAAAAGUCCAAAUCUGACCCAGUUUACAGAGCACUUUAACAACAUGAGCUACUGGGUGCGCUCUAUAAUCAUCCAACAGGAGAAAGCUCAGGACAGAGAGAAACUGCUGCUCAAAUUCAUCAAAAUCAUGAAGCACUUGCGGAAACUGAAUAACUUCAACUCUUAUUUGGCGAUUCUCUCGGCGCUGGACUCCGCACCAAUCAGACGACUGGAAUGGCAGAAGCAGACGUCUGAGGGUUUGGAAGAGUACUGCACUUUGAUUGACAGUUCGUCGUCCUUCAGAGCGUACCGAGCGGCGCUAGCAGAAGUGGAGCCUCCAUGUAUACCAUACCUGGGUUUGAUCCUUCAGGACCUGACGUUUGUUCACCUCGGAAACCCAGAUUUUAUUGACGGUAAAGUGAAUUUCUCCAAGCGCUGGCAGCAGUUCAACAUUCUGGACAGCAUGAGACGCUUCCAGCAAGUACACUACGAACUGAAACGCAACGAAGACAUCGUCUCGUUCUUCAACGACUUUAGCGAUCACCUGGCGGAGGAGGCAUUAUGGGAGCUCUCGCUCAAGAUCAAACCACGAAACAUCUCGCGCCGCAGGACAGAGCGAGAGGAGAAGACCUAGAACCUGGAGCCCUGGAGACCAUUCACGGUGAGACCUGAACCUCCUGCAGAACCUUGGGAACCCAUGCUAGCGUUCUUAAUCCGGUUCUGGAGCUGAACUGGGCUGAACAGAGACACGCAACAUAGACAGACAUUGGCAGUAUUUUUUUCCCCGACUGAGGACUUUCAAAAUUCACGAGGGGAAUCCUAAUUCAGUAUAGAUAUGCACUCGUGCACACACACACACACACAGGGCUGGAGAGGACCCCAACGCUGUGAUAUAAAGCUCAUACAUCUUGCUAUGUUUGCGUGUGUGUGUGUGUGUGGCUGUACAGAAAGACACACUCUAAGAGGGCUUGGGUGAUUUGAUAUUAAUGCACUGUGCCUGAUGGAGUGAGUUCGUGUUUGCAAAGGUCUGAUUCAAGCUACGAUUCGCCCGUAUGGGUCGAUUGGGAAAAGAGGCAGACAUGUGUGCAAUCCUAUAAGCGUUUUAUAAAGGAAUAUUCGCUGAUUUGUUGAAAUGAUUAUGUUUUGACAGAUGCAGCAAGUAACUGACCAUAUAGACUAUAUUCAUUUAAAAAUUAAAGAGUGAACUGGACGUUUGGACUCAUUUUUCAUGUUGUCUUGCAAUAUUGUUUUGUGUGUGACCAUAUGCGACCCUCAUCACAGCUGUUUCCCCAUCACAACGCCCCUCAAGAGAACCGUCAAGAACGUGUGCUUUUUUUUUUUUGCCUUAAAAUAAAAAGAAAAAUUUGCAUUGUGACGACAUUUUCCGGACUAAUUCUUUUCAUGCACAUUUCUUUCUUUUCCUAAUUCUCAGUGGCUUUCAAAAUGCAAAAAAUAAAAUAAAUAUAUAUAUAUUCAAAUAAAAAUAUAUUAAUUUAAAUUAAAUAGCAAAGUGCAUUCAUAAGGUACAAACAUAAUAACAUUGAAUUAAAUGUAUGCUAAUUUUAAGGGAAAAAUGUGUCACAUUCCUAAAAAAAAUAAAAAUAAUAAAUUGUUCAUAACUCCUUUAUGCAAAUUUUUCACACGUUUACGUAAGAAUGGUUUAUGAAAGAUUCAAAUAGAAUUUUUUUUAUUGUUCAGUACAGUAGAAAGGCUUAAUUGUCAUGACUAUAGUGUCUUAAUGGCUUUUUUUCCCUUUAUCCAAAAUGAAUUUAUAUUUUUUUGUUUUUGGAUUAUUGCAAAAACUACUUUAACAUUUACCUGUGUGAUCUUUGAUGUCACUGAAGGGGCGGGGCUUAGUGUUGCCUGGCGACGAGCAGAUUGACAGUGAGUCUGUGGAGGCUUUUGUUUCUCUUGGGAUGCGUAUGAUAUGUUCUGUGUAUAUGUACAUGUACAGAUGUGAUGUAUAAUAUCUCAUCACGUAAAGGGCAGUUACGAGGAAAUAUAUUUUCAAACCAAAUGAGGCAUACACUAAAAUAACAUUGAAGCAAAAAACUUGAGGACUGAAUAUGCUGUGAUCUCUGGGCAUCAGAGAGCGCUGUGUCUGUGUGUGUGUGAAUGUGGCUUUUCUGCAGAACGUCGUUACUCACAAAUGGGAGAAGGGAAGCUGAAGCCGCUUUCUUCAGUGUGUGUGUGUGUGUGUGGCGUCUGUGAUGUUUACCGACUUCUGGGAUUUUUUCUCCUGUUACACCUGUAACAUCCUGUAUAUUCAACCACCAAUAAAACUGCUCUCUUUGAAUUGA